ACCUAACCUUACUUGAUCCCGCAGAAGUAGGAAUUUUAAUUCUAAAAUGUUGUGCAUUGAGGCAAACCGAGUCAGAUUUUGUUUAACUGAUAGGCCUAUUGAUUCCGGAAAAACUGCUAGUUAUAUGUCGAAGUGUGUAAUCUGACUCCAAACCUGUCAACAAACUUUUGUUUUACGGAUUCAUAUGUCAUUGAGAGUGUUGACUACAAUUUCACUGCUGAAGGAAAGACCAAGUUAAUGAAUGUUUUUCUUUUACCUCCAGUAAACACCGAGCAAAUCGAAAGUAAAGAGACGAUAGUUUGAUGAAUAGUACGCUUUUGAGCAAGAAAACGCACUGCUUCAGACAGAGUUUCACGAGGCAAGAUAUUCUGAACAUUUUACUUGAUCAGAAGUAUAGAGAAGAUGGAAAAGAACAACGUGAAAUGUUUCCUCUGUCGCCUAGAAGCUCAUAUGUACUGUUCAAUGUGUGAAAAGAUACUUUGCACAGAAUGUAUUGCAAAACACAUAGUGAUGAAAUCCGUCUUCGGACAUAGCAUCAUCAAGUACGCUGACAGGAAUCGCGCGCAUGUUCGAACACCACGAAGUAUAUCACUUCCGGAUAAAACGCUUAAACCGGAAGCAGAAAUAAUAUGUACUAUAAAAUGUGACUACAACUGGUUGCACGACAUAUGCUGCCAGGGAACUGAUCAAUUUUGGGUGUGUGGAAGAAAUUCAGACAUAAAGUGUAUGAAUUUGAAAGGCGAAACAGUUCGAUCAGUUACCGUUAACGGAGAUCCCCAGAGACUUGCAAUAGACCAUAAAGGUGAAUUGUUCUAUGUAGACUUUCAGACGAAUUCAAUCCUGAAAUUACCCGGGGUAUCGGACAUCGACAAAACAUACCCAAUAUUUUCUGCAGGUGUCUGGCAACCACGAGGACUGGCAUUUACGUUGUUAAAUGACAUUCUUGUAAGUCUGUACAAGCCCAACGAAAGCAAGGUAGUAAAAUACGACUCCAUUAAUGGAAACCCUAUUCACGAGUUUCAGAAUGAAAGAAAUGGAAAAUUGCUCUUCGAAUUUCCCGGAUAUCUUGUAGAAAACAAAAAUGGUGAUAUUUGUGUCUCUGAUAAACACAAAGUGAUAUGUAUGACCUCACACGGAAUACUUAAAUUCACAUAUCACGGCAAUAGAACGACCUCCAGUGUAAAGAAGUUUGAUCCCCAUGGAAUAGCUAUGGACAGUCAAAGCAAUAUAAUCAUAACAGAUUUCUCAAAUGGUAAACUUCACUUGAUCAACAGUGAAGGAGUUUUUCAGAGGAUAUUCUUGUCGGGAAUGCUAGGACACCCUAUCGGGCUUAGUAUCGAUGCAGAGGACAAGAUAUGGCUGGCAGAGGGCUGGGCCAGUGGCCUGGUGAGGGUGAUCAAAUACUGGGCUGAGGAGCCCUCAUUUCUCAUUCCAUCACCGGAUAGUGACAACGUCUUUGUCUAGCUAACUUUUGAAAAGUAUAACAUAAUAGCAAUCAACUGCACAUUUAUAAUACUAGUAUAUUUCUUUCUAAAUAUGCAUGAUUGUGUAAAUUAAAGAAGAAUAUUAUUAGUACACUAAUGUGUAAAUUCAUGAAGGAUUUAUACAAAUAUAUCUACUAACAAACCAUCAAACCAUAUAUUUUGGAUAAUUCAUAAUAAGAUACUAGUAUGUAAAUGUAUGU